AUCAACGGUUGCAGUUUUUUUUUCCAACUCAGUACGCUUUUGACAGUUGACGACGCGAGUUGCUUUCCACGCUCGUAGUGGAAGCAGUGGUCAAGCGCGUAUGUAAAUCGCCGUUAGUCGCCUUAAGUGUCGCUGUAACAUGACCGAUUCGUUUAAAUUGGCCGAAAUGCACCGCACUAACAUUGAUUUCGAACGUCGACGUCAUUUGGCCAAUUGGCUGGUAAAUAGCAGCCCGCACAUGGCUGCUGCAGCUGCAAACGCAACAGCAGGCACUGGAACAACAGCAACAACAACAGGAACGCCAGCACCAGCAACAACAACAACUACAACAGCAGCAGCAGUGCAACAAGGCGCGCCCGGUAACAGCGCGGCUGCAGCGGGUGCAGCUGCAUGUAACGGUACCCCGUCGGGUGGACAUCACGCCCGUAUGACCGGCGAGGGGCGCAAGCCGAAACGUUGGUGUUUCACCUCCCACGACACCAGCUCCAACAUGUUCUCGGUGUCGGACUUUGAGAACGCCCGUCUGGCCCGACGCAACGAGAACGAACUCAAGCAGAGAUUAGCUCGACGUCUGCUCAACAAUGCGAAUGGCAGUUAUGGAUUAGGUGCUGGCUAUGCCGGCUACAACAAUUUCUGUGGAGGUCUCAAUGGCAGCGGCGAUUACUCCACUGGUGAUAGCAAGGCAUCGAAAUGCAGUAGCGAGUCCCAACAGGAACCCCUGCCGGCGGAUGUAUUUCUAUCCCGUUACUCAUUGCCGCGUGUGGUCCGGCUCUUUUAUGUCCGUAAACAGCUGAAUGAGACUCUUCAGUCGAGCUCGUCGCAUGGCUCUUCCACGGCAGCCUCCAGCAGCUCAUCGGUGGGUUUGAGCAAACCAACGGGUAACAAUGAUACGGCCACCAAUACAUCAUCAAGCGGCGGCAGCGCUGGUGCUGUCAACAGUCACAACAACAACAAUAAUAAUAACAAUAACAGCGGCACUAACUCAACUCAGCCACCCACGCAUGAUGAACUCUUCCUGCUCUACCGGCUGGUCCGCCAACGUCUCAUCUAUCAUUGCUUCAAUGCCAAGUCGCAAGCGUCACAGCGCAAGAAAUCGGUGCUCAUACCCCAGGAAUUUACAGGCUACUUCUCGAUGCUGAACGACAAGGGUUUACCGAUGGCCACGCAGUACACUUCCCUAAUGCAGUUGGUGCGGGAAUGUGUCUACAAAUUCGUUUCAGUGGACAAUAUGGCCGCGUAUAUGGAAUCGCCGCCCAGUGCUAGCAGUCCCACGCACGAGGGCUGCCUGCCCAGCUACACUACAGCCGGAAGCUCAAGCAAGAAUCGUCCGCAAUAUGUAAAGACGACGGCCAGAGGUGGACAUGUUUUCAAGUUGUUGGCUGUGUUUGAGGAUGGGAAGCAGGAACAGAAUGGCGGGACGAAGGGAAGCAAUGCGAGUGCUGCGGCUAAGGCUCAUGGUGUUUAUACGGGACGUGAAAAGGAAAAGGGACGCUACGCGCAGCUGCAGAAUGAGAAUCGUCAGGUCAUUUAUGUGCCAAUGGCCACCAAGGGCAAGUUCUAUGAAAUCGAGCCCGGCGUGCCGCAGCUGCUGCAAAAGGUGGGGCAAGUCAAUCGCAAGUUGAAUCCAGAGUGUGUGUAUCGUCUCGGCUCGUUGGUGAGCGCUGCCGAGCAGCUGCCUUUGACACUACGUUACAUUUCGGGUCCCAGCAGUUGCGCCCACGACAUACCUGAGCAAGUGUGCGUCAGUCAUGUGAGCAAGGAGGAUGUGGUCAUUGGCUGCCCCAUCGAGGAUGUGGAGGUGCAAGGCCCACUACAGCUACGUAAGCUCUAUCUGACCAAGGAGAUGCAACUAAUGAACAGUUUUUUGGGCUUCGAUGGGGAGCAGCGCAUGCUAGCGAAUACCAAUGUCCAGAAUAUGCUCAAAUUUUGUCAAUUUAAUUGCGAUCAGUUUCUAAAACUGGUGGAGAUCGAGCAGGUGCAGCGUCCCGAACGUUCCGGCUCCAAAAGCCGUGUCGAUGGACUGAAAAUAUUGCAUUUACCCAAGCUGCUGAGACGGGAGAAGACCACCAUACCGGCGCACGAGAAAGAGGAUUCUAUUAUAUUCCUUAGUAAAACGGAUUUGGAGCAGCUGGAGGCAAAGGAAGCGGCAUCCUCAGGGUCAGCAGCGGCAUUAACCAGCGUCGAAUCCGGCAGCUCGAAUUGCAUCACAGACCGUAUGAAAGUUUUCCAAACCAAAAAGAAAAAAUUGUUCUUCCGCAAGCAGGAGAAACAGCGAACAGAGUUAGAACUGGAUGUACAGGCUAAGCGCAUGAGCAUGGAACGCUAUACGGACAUGUCAAAGCUCCUGCAGGAGCGUUUCGGCGAUGCUUGCGCCCAGCAAGGGGAGCGAGAACAUCACGAGCAUGAAGCCUUCUCCUUGCACAGCGCUGGCACAUCGGAGGUGGGCUGCUCGGACACAGAGACCACAACGCUAACAGCCAUUGAACGAGCUCUACCCAAAUCGUUGUCCCUACAGGACAUCGAACUGCUGAAUGGGCAGCGUAAACCCGAUUUGCUGACCACACAUCACACAAGCGGUGGCGAUGCAAUUUCCGAGGCUGGCACCGAACUGGAGGAUCUGGAGAACCAAACGCCACCGCGUCAAUCGUUUAUCACCGAAAAGCUCUUCAAUGAGUUCCAUGUGAAGACGCGCCAAUACAGCAAAUCCUCAUCCAGCUUGCAUCAAUUGUUGAAUUUUUCGCUACCACAGAAGAUGCAGCUCCACGAAAAAGAAUGCGAGAGGCGGAAGCUCUCACAGCAUAAGGCCCAGCAGCAGAGCAAGGCCACGGCCAUGACUGAGUUCAACAUUGGUGAACCUGUCACUGGCAGACGGGCAGCUGGUGGCGUCUCACUGUUGGGAGGUGGCGGCCUAACGCCCAGCUUUCUACUUCUGCCCAGCAGACUCGUCGAGGACGAUCUACCUUACUCCAAUGUGCGAGAUUCUUUGGUCAUAUCGAACAACGGCACACAACCCAACGAUGCUAGCGGCGUGCGUCCCGCUCUGCCCUCCCAGGACUACACCAAGGAAAACAUUUAUGCGGAAAUCUGUCACGAGAAUAGUGCCAACGGCAUGCGUAAUUCCCGCACUUGCGAUACCUUCUCAGGCGCCACCCAACUAACGAGCAUUUCGAAAGCCACAGAAGACGAUGAUGGAGACUACGCAUCCCUUCGAUAUCCCAGUGGACCGCAAUCGGUGAGUCGUGUCGAGAUCAAUGGAUCGGCAGCCAGCGCCAUUUCAUACCACACCGUCUAUUUGGGCGAGGAGCCUUUGGGAGAGCGCCAUGCCACCGCCGCUGCGGCUGCUGCCUUGCCACGCGAUCGCGUCCACAUCACCACCGUGGAGCUGGCUGGCGACGAUAACAUUUACAACACGCUCAAAUGAUGACUCAUGUGAUUCCGCCGACGCAAACUAGCCGGCGGCAAAGGACUGUUUUAGAAGAGCAAGCCAAUGGGUGUGUUUGUGAAUUCUAUAAAGCGUGCAGAAUGGAAAGUUUGCUCAGAAAUAAUUGGUAAAACUUAAUGAUUAAUUCGUGGUGCUUAUACAGCAGUUUCUGAUGAGAAAACAAGUUGUUUGUAGGCUUCUAUUGUUUGUACAAUAUGAUUUGCAACCUGCAGUCGAACAAAAUUAGUUCCGUUUUAUACAAUUUGUUCAAGUCAAGCAAUUGGCAACAUGUUGCUAAAGAAAACAAUACGUGCUACACUUUUAUUUCUAUUCGUGUACCUUUUAUAAAUCUUGCCAGAGUCAAAACCAUGCUGCUACUUUCCUUGUGGAAACUGCAUGGCUAACAAAAUGUUGCUGAACAAAAAUAGUUUUAUUUUCUACCAAGCUGGUCAAUUCUAGCAAUUGACAAUAUGUUGAUCAAGUCUAAUUUCUAUUGCAACAUGUUACGAAAUCAAAUAUAUGGCAAGGUGAUGCUCGUGUACAUAGGUUCUGCUUAGGAAACAGCUUGCAUUACAAUUUGUUGCUCUGCCCAAGUUUUUUUGUCUUCUCAUAAGACAAGCUAUUUGGUUGCUUACAUAAGUUUUUAUUCGACAACAGUAUAAUUAAAAAAAUAUAAUGCAACUUUUAAUAUAAAAUCUGCUUAGGAAUCAAAUUGCUAGGCUUCCAUUGUUUGUACAAUAUGAUUUCAAACUAUGUUUCUUUUUGGUAAUAUUGAAACAUAGCUAGUUGCUGUACUGAGAAUUGUGUAUGGGAAUUACCAUCUGUAAAAAGAAAAUUCGGUUUCAUUUUAAUUUUUUUGUUAACACUUGUUUUCUGAUUAUGAAGGAACUGUUUUUUUAAAACACAUCAUUGCAACAUUUGUAACUGGCAACAUAAGGUUAAUCAACUAUGUUGCCGAAAUAUCAGGCUUAUCAUAAAUCUGCUACUUUAAGCAUUUUUUUACUACUCUGCGGGCUUUAUAGUCAAGCCCAAUGGCGAAUACAUUGACAAUGAGACCAGGCACAUAUACAUAUUAACACACACAUAAACAUUAAGCACAGAGCAGGCGCCGCCGUUGCACAAACAAAAAACAUUAUAUUUAUAUAUAUAUAUUAUUUUUUUAAAAGUAAGCAAACACACAAGGAAACUAAUUAUUUUUACACGCUUAUGCGAAACGAAAUAAGGAAAGCAAGCAAGAUAAUGUGCUUAGUGACAUAGACAUGCAUAAAUAUAGUUCUAUAUACAUAAUGUAAAUGGAAAUGAAUCUGAAGGAAAUCUCUGUCAUAUUUUAUAGCUAUUAGCUAUGGUAUUAUGUAUACAUAAUAAAGAUAUACACACAUAAAUAUACAUAUAUAUAUAUAUAUAUUUAAAUUAUAUGAUAUAUACCACAUAGAACAACAUUGUAAAUGACGUCCGAUGAGUGACGAAAAACUGAGAAAUGACAACUCAAAAUGUAAUAUUAUUGUAAACAAUUGAAGAUAAGCAAUUUGUAUUUGUAAAUACACACCCACACCACAUGCACACACACACACACACACACACGCAUAUGUAUAUGUAGGCUAUGAUGCCCCAACAAAUCUGAUGAAACUGAACAUUUGAAAAUUGCAAUAUUAUAUACCUAUACAUAUAUAAAUAAAUUAGAUAUGUAGUACAUAUACUUAUAUAUACACACCUUACUUAUAUGCAAUUGAGCAAACAUAAGGUAUUAUUAGCUGUAAGGCAAUCAACAAACAAGUCAAAUCAAAUCAUAGCAGUUAUAUGCGUAUUGUAAAAUAGCAACAACAACAACAACAACAAACUGAGGCGCAUUUGCCCUCAAAAUUUUACACGAUCUCUCGUAUUUGUCACUCUACUCUAUUGUUUUUGGCAACUCAUGUAAUUAACUGAUUUUUUUGUCAAAUCUAAGUUAAGCUUAAGCUUAGGUCGGACAGGCAAACAAUUGGCGUACAAUAAACGUCUUUGGAAUCUAUUUAGUUAUAAGUUUUUGUGCAAACUGAUUGUUUACCUGUCUGAGCGACAAACAAUUUGCGCACAAAUUUAUUCUCAAGAUUGCAGACGCAUUUGGAGUCCAAUUUUCACGACUUAGUUAUAAGUUUGUGUGAAAACUGUUUACCUGUCUGAGCAAUUGAUUUCAUUUUCCCACAUCGCACAUAUUUGCACUUUUCAAAGGCAUAUUGGAGAACCAUGAGAACUUUUGUAAAUAGUUGUAGAAGUCCGCCAGUUCCGUUUCCCAUUUGUACUUGCUACCCAGCCAUAUAUACUUAUGUUACUGACUAGCUUAGCAGCAUUGCUCAAGGCACAAGAGUUGUAUAUUAAUUUCUAGUCCUCAAUAUGCUCUGAACGUCUUCACAAAGCUAGAAAAUGAGAAGAAGAAGAAGAAGAGGAACUUAUGCCCAAAUUGAAAAGUGCAAUUUUGGUUUUCGUCAAAACGAAAUAUCUGAACAUACAUAAAUGAUUAUCGUUUGGAUACUAUAUACAAAAAUAUUUAGAAUGAAUUUAUUAAAUUUAAAAUUUGCAUAGUCUGUAGAGAACUUCAAUAACACCCUUAUUUUAAUUAUGAUGAUAUGAUGGCGAUGAUAAUGAUGAUGAUGUCUACUAAUCUUCUUGAGAUUUGUUACAAUUAUUAAUACAAGAACUUUUUUGAUUUGAACUGAA